AUGGUAUCAAUAUCCAAGGCUGAGAAGGCCUACAUUCAAUCCUCCUUGCAAUCCGAUCCGCCAUUACGAGCAGACGGCCGCGGUUUGAUAGAUUUUCGAACCAUAGCCCUCGAGUCUGGAAUUGCCCCCAUCGCAAAUGGUAGCGCACGCAUUAGCAUUGGUAGAAACGCGCAGGAUGGCGGAGGGGGCACCGAAGUCGUAGCCGCUGCAAAAUUGGAAGUUGAGAGCGUCGGCGAUGGCGAGGGUGUAGAUGGGGGACGAGUAGUCUGCUCUGUGUCUUGUUCUCCCACUGCAUACCCUCUUCUUUCCCCAAAUGCCCUAGAUGACCUGCAGCAUGAUAUGACGUCCGUAUUAAAUGCUACCCUCUCUCAUCCGACAAUUCGACCAAAAAACCUCGGUAUCUUACCUGGAAGGAAAUCUUGGUUGCUCAACCUUGAUGUCAUAGUGUUUUCUGAUGCAGGAAACAUAUUCGACGCGAUUUUCAUGGCUGCGCGCGCCGCUUUAUGGGAUACUAAGGUGCCUAGAACAAAGAGCGUCCAAUACCGCGCGAAGAAAAGCGAUCGGAGUGAUGCAACUCAAGCUAUGGACAUGGACGUGGAUGAAAUGGCCCAUGUCGGCAGCGCACUGGACACGCGACAGACAAUUCAGGUGGCUGACUUCGAGCUUCCUGACUACUGGGACGAGGGCGAACCCCUCGAUGGAAGACAAACAUGGCCAGUUUGUCUGACUCUCAAUUUGUUACCAACCUUGCAAUUCCUGGAUGCUACUCUACAAGAAGAAGCUUCUGUACCUCUCAAGCUCCUCGUGUUUUACUCCUUCCAGUCAGAUACAACUCCACUGUUACGGGGCAUGCGCUUGCUCGGGACAGGCGUCUCGGACCUCGUACAGGUCAAAAGCCUCUUGAAGGACGGGGAGAAGUACGCUCGGAACGUGUGGGUCGCUCUUGAAGGAAAGCUCAAGGACGAAGACCUGAGACGCAAUCAAAAAGCCAGAGAGAGAUUUCUUAAUAGAUAA